GUACUGAAACCUUUAUUCCCAUUUUAGUGGAACGUAAACAAAGAACAUGAACAACGUACUAGUCAGAAAAAAAGUGUUUUAUAACCGAAAACAAGUAUUUGCCAAGAGCUGUAAAUUGCUUUAAUCGCUUAAACUGGAGAUUUCAGUGUGAUUUUCAGCAGAUUACCAAGCUCCUUAGUUAUAGAACAUUCAAGGCAUAGAAAAGUGUUUUUCUUACAAAGCACAACUGAAAUGUAGUUUAACUAAUGGUUUACAAUUCAGUCAAAUACCAAAGCUGCAAACCAUUUAAGGAGUCAUCAAUUACAUAAUUUGUACACUUUCAAAAAGCUUACAGCUGGGAUGGGUUGUUUUCAAAGCACGACUGCUUUAAAAUGAUCAUAUUCAUUAGCCUGCCACCUAGGAAGCAUUAAGCGUUUACUUGCAGAAUGAACGAGCGCGUUGUCUUGUGUUACGAAGUAUAUAAUAUAGUUCAUUUUAGUUUCUUCAUUCGCAGACAAUCAGGCUCAUUUCACGUGACUGCUUGCACUUAGAACUCAGUUAUCACGGGGUAGGAACUCUCCAACAUCGUCGUCAUAGGCCAAGAGAUGCCCGUGAACAGCCAUGAAAGUGCCGGUCAGGGAAGGAUGCAGUGCUUCGUUUUACAGUUGUUGGAUAGAGGCACAGGAUCAUUUCACGUUGUUGAGGAGAAAGGAGAAACAGCCUCCUCCCACCUUGUUAAAAAAAGAGAUUUAAAAAAAUCUCUAAUUUCCUCGAAGCACGGAAUCUCAAAAGAGGUAGCUCUAAGGAGAACCCCUCCGGGUUUGAGUGCAUUCCUCUUCCAGGGGGCCUAUUCCAUUCUUGGACUGCUUUCCUUAACAGAGAAAAAUCUCUGAGCCAAAACUCGGCCUCCCCCAACUCCAUCCUGUCGGCCCCACUUUUCUGCUCCGGAGACUUCCAGGCCAGUCCCCACUCCUCCUUCAGUCAGUCGGGCCCGCACCCGCGGCCGGCAGGGCCAGCCCUCUCCUCCCCCUGCGUGGCGCAGCACAGGCCCGGAGCGCGCGACCCCAGGCCCUGGGCGCCCCGCCGCAUGCUCGCGUGGCCCUUCGAGUUAUUCCGCUAAAGAGCCGCCGCGUCGCCCCACCUUGGCGCGAAUCUGAAAGCGUUUUCGGGGAAGAAGAUGUUGGGGGCACUGGUGAGUACACUGCACAAGUGACAAAAUGUUUUCAGCCCCUGGAGGCGAAGGGUGCAGAGCCGCUCUGUGUCCGUGAGGCCGGGCGGCGACCUCGCUCAGUCGGCUCCUCGGUCCGAGUCCCGGGUACGAGGAAAGACCACAGGGGGCUUCUCGCGGAAAAGCGGGCCCCGGACCCCGCGUGCGUUGGCGGGGGCGGGCGGAUGACGAGGCGCGGCGGCAUGGGUGGGUCUGCGAGGCGGCGGGUCCGGGCGUCUCAGGCUCCGGGGCUCCCUCGCUGGCGGCGGCACAGGGAUGGCGCGCCCGGGGGUCUGGAUGCUGGUAGCCGGCUUCCUGCUGGCGCUGCCGCCGGGCUGGGCCGCGGGCGCCCCGAGGGCGGGCAGGCGCCCGGCGCGGCCGCGGGGCUGCGCGGACCGGCCGGAGGAGCUCCUGGAGCAGCUGUACGGGCGGCUGGCGGCCGGCGUGCUCAGCGCCUUCCACCACACGCUGCAGCUGGGGCCGCGCGAGCAGGCGCGCAACGCGAGCUGCCCGGCAGGGGGCAGGCCCGCCGACCGCCGCUUCCGGCCGCCCACCAACCUGCGCAGCGUGUCGCCCUGGGCCUACAGAAUCUCCUACGACCCGGCGAGGUACCCCAGGUACCUGCCCGAAGCCUACUGCCUGUGCCGGGGCUGCCUGACCGGGCUGUUCGGCGAGGAGGACGUGCGUUUCCGCAGCGCCCCGGUCUACAUGCCCACCGUGGUGCUGCGCCGCACCCCCGCCUGCGCCGGCGGCCGGUCCGUCUACACCGAGGCCUACGUCACCAUCCCCGUGGGCUGCACCUGCGUCCCCGAGCCGGAGAAGGACGCAGACAGCAUCAACUCCAGCAUCGACAAACCGGGCGCCAAGCUCCUGCUGGGCCCCAACGACGCGCCCGCCGGCCCCUGAGGCCGGUCCUGCCCCGGAGGUCUCCCGGCCCGCGUCCCGAGGCGCUCAGGCUGGAGCGGUCUGGAGGGCUCGGUCGGCGACCUCUGAAGAGCGCGCACCGAGCAACCACGCGCGAGCAUCCGGAGACUCGUCUGACACGGGCAUCUCUGGUUGCUCUUAGCCACAAGCAAGCAGGGUGGCUGGAAGCGUAUGGGAGACGACCCGGCACGGCCACCCUGUGUGCGGCCCGCACCGAGGGUCUGGAGAGGCGCACGGAGGAGCCCCCCAGGGCGGCUGCGGCGGGUACAGGGCGUGCCUCACCGCUGGGUGCUUGCCAAAGAGAUAGGGACGCAUAUGCUUUUUAAAGCAAUCUAAAAUAAUAAUAAGUAGAGCGACUAUAUACUUACUUUUAAAAUCAACUGUUUUGAAUAGAGGCAGAGCUAUUUUAUAUUAGCAAAUUAGAGCUACUCUGUUAACAUUUCUUAACAUAUAAACAUUUUUUUUUAACUACUUCUGGUCGGAUUUUUUUUUUUAAGCAUAAUUGGAAUCCUUGGAUAAAUUUCUUAGCUGACACACUCUGGCCUGGGUCUCUGAAUUCAGCCUGUCACCGACGGCUGACUGAUGAAAUAGACAUGUCUGAUCUGACGCACUCUUCCUUCCACUGAAGGUCUUCACGGGCCUCCAGGUGGACAAAGGGAUGCACAGGCGGCUCGCAUGCCCCAGGGCCAGCUAAGAGUUCCAGAGUUCUCAGAAUUGGUUUUAUGAGUCAGGAGUACAGAAACAGUCUCAAACUUGUACAUUUUUUUUUUCCUUUUGAAAGCCCCUGGGGCCAAUUUGUGGUUAAGAGGUGGUGAGAUAAGAAGUGGAAUGUGACAUCUUUGCCAGUUGUCAGGAAGAAUCCAAGCAGGUAUUGGCUUAGUUGUAAGAGCUUUAGGAUCAGGCCGAAUAUGAGGACAAGGUGGGCCACGUUAGAAUCUGCAGGGAUCACUCUGGAGGUUUCUGUUUCUACAUUCUGCCACGAGAGCUAGGUCCUUGCUCUUUUCUUUAGAUUGAAAGUCUGUCUCUGAACACAAUUAUUUGUAAAAGGUAGAAGUUCUUUUUAAGUCAUUAAAAGAGUCUUGCUAAAGGAUA